AUGGCUUCCCAUCAGAGUGUUGUUAUAAGCUGGCCUCCUCCUCCCCCAUCUCCUCUUUCAACCGUAAACCGUAAAAAAUGCAUUGUUUAUGAUCCGCAGUUGAGUAAUCCUUGCUGCAAUGACUCCCACAGUAUCUCUGCUCCUAUAGCAGCUGCUGCUCUCAGAAGGACCCCUAACUCUUUGCUUCGAAGCCCUUCUUUCCCCGCCUUCGCGGCUUCACAGACUUUGCAACGCAGACACAGCCGCUGGCUGCCCUCGCAGCAGCAGCAGCAGCAGCAGCAGCAGCAGCAGCAGCAGCUGCAGCAGCAGCAACACGCCGUUUCAGCCCACCCUUUCCUCGCCCCACAGCAGCAGCAGCAGCACAAGCAGCAGCAGCAGAGACUGAAGCAGCAGCGCCGGGGCAAUGGCAUCAUUUUGUCUUCGGCUCAGCCGGCGGCAGGAGGAGGAGGUGCGCCUGCCUCUGCAUAUACUUGGGGUGUACAUACACUCCAAAUGAAUGCAAUCCUUCCGGGCUCUGCCCUAGAAACUCACAUGAACAAACUCAUGGAAGACCCCAUCAAAAAUAUGCCAUGGGACGUGUAUGUUCCUUUUUACAAGCAGUUUGGUCGCGGCACUGACAACAACUGGCUGCACUUUCUGCAAGGCAACUGGACCUUUAUUCAAGAUAAAACAUAUGCAGAGAGGCCUGUAGGUUUAAUUGAUGGGGGAGCAGAGAAUUACGACGGGAGGGGGACAAGCUUGCCUCUUAACCCUCUUUCUAUUGAUAGGCCUCGGGCUGUCUCCUGGCCGCAGCACUUAGCACAUGGUGUGGGGUUUAGAGAGGCUUUAGAUAAACCCUAUGCACUCAGACUCGACAGACUUCCAGACGGAAACCAAGACACUUACUUCGGUACUCCUGCUGCUGCUGCUGCUACUGCUGCUGCUGCUGCUACUGCUGCUGCUGCUACUGUGGCUGCCGCUGUGGCUGCUGCGGUUCCUGUGGUUGCUGCUUCUGUAAAUGCUACAGGUGCUGUGGCUGCUGGCGAAAGCGACGAAGAGUUGGAGGACCGACUGUGGGGCAGCUGGGACAGCCCUCAGGCGCUGCACGAGGUCUGGCCAGAGACAGACGAAGAUAUCACAGGGAUGCCGAAGCCGUGGACUCAUAUGCAGACAGAUAUAAUGGAAAUGCCUCCUCACCACCGCGACCCUUCAUUUGGCCCCCCUGAAAUUCCAGUAGAAGUCGAACUCGCAGCUGCGGGGAUGUGGGGUGGAUAUUUCUUAGAGGAGGGUUGGACAAGGCAUGCAGACGCGAUAGCCGAGUACCGCAAGGCCCGCGAGUGGUCUGAGGCAGAGGCAGCAAAGACAGACAACACAAAAACAAAAAAAUCAAAACAAAAGGAGAAAAAAGGAAAGAAAGAAGAAGAAGAAAACUCUGAAUUAAAACGCCGCACACAAGAAAUCAUCAAGGCACACUGGGCAGAUAUAAGAAAGCAUCCGGUGUAUGUACGCGCUGUGGUUGAAGGUGCGACGCAUGCAGCAGCAGCAGCAGCAGCAGCAGCAGCAACACCGGAGACAGCAGCAAGCAUAGCAAUGGGUAUGGAUAUAACCAAAGGCCUCGAAAUGCAAGAAAUGCAUGAUCAUACAGUACAAGGAGAAGUAAACCCCCCGGACGCUAAGGGGAAGACUAUUGCUGUUAACCUCGCACUGUACAGCCUCAGCCCCUACAACUGCUGGGAGCGGUUUCCUCGCCUGAUGGCUCUCUAUCAGCCCUUGUGGGCUAAGCGAAAAUACGGAGAAGAGUUUGGAGGACCCCUGCAGACAACAGACGCGGUGGCUGACGAGGAGUUCGCCUUCCCAGGCCAUUUGGUGUAUGGGGGAUUAAAAGGAGACAAAAAGGAGACAGUUAAAGAUAAACAGCAAAAAGAAUAA